AUGAGCGGAAGAGCCUUGCGACGCCGUCGCGCAAUUAACCCUCAAAUUUCAACUGCUAGUAACGCGUUAUACGUUGGAUAUGUCGAGGAUGACGAGUCUGUUGAGGCCAUAAUGAAAAAGUUUGAAGAACUCGAGCGAAUUCAAGAAGAAAUUGCCGCCACGAAACCAGAAGAACCCGUCGGAAAUGUGCUUGAAGAAAUUGCGUCAAGCAGUCAAAUACAUGAAUCAAAGGCACUGACAGAAGAACAACUAAUUGAGGUUUUUAAAAGAACGUCGAGUUUUACUGUCAAAUCCGCGACAUUUGCUCCAAACAUUGACGAUGUGCAAGAUUUGGAGUAUUGGCGUAUUGAAAUGGAGGAUGGUAACACUGCCGAAUUUGAGGAAGAAGAUGAUUAUUUGGCUGUGGACGAUGAUUUCUGGGACGAAGAGUUUGGUAAUAAGAAGAAACGCGCCCGAAAGAAUGAAAAGUCAUCUUCGGAACGUCGCAGACGCUGUCUAGACCGAGAAAGCAUAAUACAGCGAUAUAAAUUGAUGCAAGUCGAGGAUAGAAAUGGCAACUUCUUUAUGGUCAAAAAGAAAGUCAGUAAUAUCGAUCCCAGUUUACCUACAUACGUAAGAAUUCCUUCAUUACCCAUACCACGUUCAUGGGCACACUCAAUAAGAAAGAAUCUAAAUGUAGUUCACGAAGAAAAUACUUCAAGGUAUUUAGAAAAAGAUGUCUUAUCAAUGGAUCUCACAACGCUUGGAAAAAAUUUCCAGGCUGUUUACAUAGAUCCACCACUCCUACUUCCUGAAGAAUCUCCGUCCCCGGGAAAAAUUACUAUGAAUGAAUUAAGACAACUCGAAAUACCAAAGAUUCUUCUCAAAGGAUUUCUCUUUAUCUGGGCAGAGAAAGAAUACUUACCAGAUAUUCUUCAAAUGGCGGAAAGUUGGAAUUUUCGAUACGUAGAGAACUUUUGUUGGAUCAAGAAAAACAUUAAUAAUCAAUUCGCAAAAUUACCAUCGCGAUAUUUUAAUAAAUCAAAGUUAUCGUUGCUUGUAUUUCGAAAGGAAGGAGAUAUUGAAAUACGUCAUCAAAGAAAUCCGGAUUGUGUUUUCGACUUUAUAAAACCAUGUUCUGAAGGGAUGUUAACGGAGCAGAAACCACCAAUUAUUUAUGAUGUUAUAGAAACUAUGCUUCCAGGAGCAGUAUACAGCGAUCAAAACAAGAAACCUGAUAGAUUACUCGAACUUUGGGGAAAAAAAGGAAGUAGACGAAAAGGCUGGACAACAGUAGUUCAAGUGAUUUGA